AUGGAUGACACCAAGUUGCUGAUAGCGAUCAGGGAAGGCACUCUAAGCGAUAAUGAUGCCAAAGGACAACUUCUCAAACGCAGAUACGCCAUCGCAAUCGACGAAGACCUCCCACCUGACCUCCGAGCCCGAGCCCUUCAAAUAUGUGACAAGGCCUUCAAGUCCGGCAUCUUCGAAGCAACCAGCAAGACGCCGCCCUUUGUCACAUUCCUGCACGAUGCAUUGGAAGAAAUUGCACUCGUGUACAAGAAGAGGGAUGCUCGGCUCACGCCAUCACAGAGGACAAGGACAAGCACUCCAGCCGAUCCAACGGAGCACACACUUGAGCCAAUACCAGAUUUCGAGCCUGAUCUCAAGCGUCGGUCCCUGUCGCUGGCAGCAGGCCGACGCUCGAGAUCAGUGACUUUGGAAAGGUCAAUGGUCGCGGAUGCAGUCGAAACGAGGCAGCUUCGAAAGUGCCGCGCGCAUUGCAACACUGAUACACCUGGGAAAGAUUCGAAGCGUCGUCUUUACGGACCCCCCAAGAAUGUUCCCAAGACGAAGGAGCCAGCAGACCCUUUGCCCUCCUUGAUUGUCAAAUUGCGUGUUUCAAGUACAAGUGACAGCAACAAGUCGCUAGGCGUAUCUGUUCCCAUUCCCAGAAGAUCUUCUCGAACUGUUUAA